GAUGAAAGAUCAUCCAAAAGGUAAAAUGGCCUUAGUUGCUGGUGAUAAAAUUACAACGUACAACAUGAUAUGGCGAACUUGCAAUUGAUUGAUAGAUAAUCCAGUCGGGUUCAAGGGAAGUCCAAGGUUUCAGUUGAGAGUUGACGAGAAUUGACUGCUGCUUGCUGCUCGAGAACGCGUGGGGUCCACUCAAUCUACCUUUCCAGAACCUUUUUGGAAAAUCCCAUAAAAACCCCAAACAGGCAUUUUAUCUGAUGAAAUCUGUUGUUCUGUCUCUGUGCCACCCUGCCCUGCCCUGCCCUGCCCUGCUCUGCUCUGCCCUGCCUUCCUUCCUUCCUCUGUCGGUCCCAUUGCAUUUAACAUCUCCACCCCUUCCUUGCUUUUAGCCCCUUUUCUCCCCCAACCCUUUCACACACAACACAGAGCUUAUGCAUCCUAUGGAACAACUGUGUGAGCUGUGAAGCUCUUGGGAAGCCAUGUUUUUUUCUGCUCCCACCAUUGAAGAGGUUCUCAAGCUCUGUUUCUUGAGUUGAGGUGAGUAAAGUUCUGAUAUUCGUCAUUUCGGGUAGUCGAUGGAGCUCGGUUUCAGCCAUUUCUUGCCGUUACUUCUCUUCCAUCUGUUGGGGUUCGCUGUCUCGGUGUCUUCUUUGAGCUCCGAUGGGCUCGCUCUGUUAUCCCUCUCGAGGCACUGGACAACCAUGCCUCCUUCCCUGAGCUCCACCUGGAAUGCUUCUGAUUCCACCCCAUGUAGCUGGGUAGGCGUGGAAUGCAACAGUGACCACUCCGCCGUGCUCUCGCUGAACCUCUCGGGUGCCGGAGUUUCGGGUCAGUUACGAUCCGAAGUCGGGUACUUGUCCCAGUUGCAGACCAUUGACCUUAGCUUCAACUACUUUACCGGCCAAAUCCCUCCGCAGCUGGGCAACUGCAGUGGUCUCGAGUACUUGGACCUUUCCAGUAACGGGUUCACGGGAGAAAUCCCGGGUGACUUGAAGAACCUGCAGAAUUUGCUCCUGUUGAGCUUGUACAGCAACUCGCUCUCGGGGAAGAUACCGCCUUCGUUGUUUGAGAUCCCCCGAUUGGAAAUUGUGUACCUUCACCUGAAUGAUCUUAGCGGUUCGCUUCCCAGCAAUGUGGGGAACAUGAGCGAGCUUUCGUCUCUGUGGGUUUGGAGCAAUCGGUUGUCGGGUAUGGUCCCAGACUCCAUUGGAAACUGCAGUAACUUGCAGGAGCUUUACCUGACCAAUAACAGUUUCCAAGGAGUCUUACCGAAAAGUAUAAGAAAUCUCAAGAACCUUGUCAAUGUGGACGUUAGCGAGAACCAUUUCGAGGGCAACAUCCCCUUCGAGUUGGGAGAUUGCCGGAAUUUGCAAUCCUUGGUCUUGUCAUUCAACGGUUUCAAUGGAGGUCUUCCUCCGGAAUUGGGCAACUGCAGUAACUUAACAUUGUUAGCUGCAGUAAGCGCCAACCUCACUGGCAAUAUCCCGUCCACCUUGGGCCGUUUACCUAAGCUUGCGGGUCUUUAUCUCUCUCAGAAUCAGUUAUCGGGGAAGAUUCCUCCCGAGCUUGGAAAUUGCGAGUCACUGAUAAGGCUAGAGGCUUACGCAAACCAGCUUGAGGGGGAGAUCCCAAAGGAGUUGGGGAGACUAAGCAAAUUAAAAGGCCUUCUUCUGUUCUCCAAUCACUUGGUCGGCGAAAUCCCGAUUCGCAUUUGGAGGAUUCAGACCCUCGAGAGUGUGCUUCUGUAUAACAACAAUCUAUUCGGUGAGCUGCCUUCCAAGAUAGUUGAACUGAGACAGUUGAAGAACCUUACUUUGUUUAACAAUAAUUUCUCCGGAAUCAUCCCUCAGGGUUUGGGAUUUAACAGCAGCUUGACAGAAUUGGAUUUGACCAAUAACAGCUUCAAAGGUACUAUUCCGCCCAAUCUUUGCCGAGGAAAGCAAUUGAAGGUGCUGGACCUUGGUCUGAACCGACUAUUGGGUUCCGUACCUUCAGGUAUCGGAAGCUGUCCCAGUCUAACACGGCUAAUCAUUAAGGAGAACAGCUUGACUGGGGCUCUGCCCGACUUUGGUGGUGCCCAGAAUCUUACCUUCAUCGACAUCAGCAAAAAUUCCAUAGCUGGAGCGAUUCCCCGUAGCUUCGGAAAGUGCAAUCAUUUCUCAGGGGAAAUUCCACCUUUCUUAGCCGACUUUGAGAAGCUUUCGGUGCUACAAGUAGGUGGAAAUAUGUUCAAAGGUGAAAUCCCUGAUUUGAUCGACACACUGAAAAGUCUAAUGUAUGAUUUGGAUUUGCGCAAUAACGCUUUAUCAGGCCAACUUCCAACGGAGAUCGGGAGUCUCAUCAUGCUACAGAGGCUUGAUAUUUCCACUAAUAACCUGUCAGGAAGUCUAUCAGUUCUUGGAAAUCUUCACUCGCUGACUGAGAUCAAUAUCUCUUAUAACCUGUUCACAGGUCCCGUACCGGAGAGACUAUGGGACAUACUAAACAAAUCGCCGUCUUCCUUCUUGAGAAAUCCUGGCCUAUGUGUAAAUUGUCUAUCCUCAAAUUCCUCCAUUUGCCCGAGAAACUCCGUUCUCAGCCCUUGUGACAAUCGGAGAAACAGACAGGGCCUCACAAAAGUCGAUAUCGUCGUGAUAUCACUGUUUUCAUCUCUCUUUGUUAUUAUUGUGCUCGUUGGAUUGGUUUGCUUGACUAAGUUGUUCAGAAAACCAGACGAAGACACCGAGAUUUCUGCCCAGGACGGCCCGUCUUCUCUCCUAAACAAAGUGAUGGAAGCCACAGAGAACCUAAAUGAGCGGUACAUCAUAGGAAAAGGGGCUCAUGGCACUGUGUUCAAGGCUUCUCUGGGCCCGAACAAUGUCUAUGCCGUGAAGAAACUGGUCUUUGGAGGGCCCAGGCAAGGAAGAAUGAGCAUGAUUCGGGAAAUUCAGACUGUGAAAGCUUUGAGACACCGGAACUUGGUCAAGUUGGAGGAGUUUUGGGUCCGGAAGGACUACGGUCUGCUUCUGUAUCCUUACAUGGAGGCUGGUAGUUUACAUGGAGUUUUACAUGAGAAGAAUCCACCGACUGACUUGGAAUGGCGUGUCCGGUACAAGAUUGCUUUGGGGAUAGCUCACGGACUGGCGUAUCUCCAUCACGAUUGCGACCCCGCUGUGGUGCACAGAGACAUAAAGCCCAACAACAUACUCUUGGACUCAGAGAAUCCUCAUAUAUCUGAUUUCGGGAUCGCUAAGCUACUCGAUCAGUCUUCUAUUGCAACACCUUCUGUGUCCGUUGUGGGAACAAUCGGCUAUAUUGCUCCAGAAAAUGCAUUCAUGACUACGAAGACCAGGGAGUCCGACGUGUACAGUUACGGGGUGUUGCUGCUCGAGCUGAUCACGAGGAAAAGAGCAUUGGAUCCUUCGUUCACUGAGGAGGGCACUGAUAUUGUUGGCUGGGCUAGGUCGGUCUGGAAUAGAACAAGAUACAUCAAAAGACUUGUUGAUUCGGGCCUUGCUGAGGAGUUCUUCGAUUCGGGCAUUAUGGAACAAGUCAAAGAUGUUUUCUCGAUCGCUUUCAGAUGCGUCGAGCCAGACCCGAGCAAGAGACCCAAUAUGAGGUCGGUAGUGAACCAAUUGUUAGAUGCAAAUGCCCAGAGCAUGAGCAAAUAAGUUAGCCUUUUGUUUUUGUUUUUUUUAAUGAAUAUUUUUCCACUCCUUGAAAUUAAACAUAGUAUCAAAGAAUAUUACAAGGAUGUAGUGAAAUUAAGAUAUACAAUCUCAGGUUCUGGAGACACCAUAAAAAGAAUUCCUAGGCAGAGUCUCAUCAAUCUACAAUCUAAGACGAGGCAAAGAAAAUGCAGAAGAAUUAUGAGGGGAAAACUGCUUGAUAUGAAUACAAGAAACUGCCCUAUCAA